GCUGCGAUGGGUCGUAUCAUGGCCUCCACCGAGCAUCUUCACAUCGAGGAGGUGACCUUCGCGAAUUCCCAAGACCUACUCUCAUUUGUCACCGCCUUCCAUCCAGGCCUACACACUCCUCCUUCAGGCAUGCCCAGCACACCGGCGCCGCUCCGUGAUCUUCACUAUUCUGCAACGUGGCACGGGAAGUUAAACGGUCUAUUGCCCGUCUGCUCUCAUUACGCUUCGACUCUCCGGAGCUUGAAGCUCUUAGUGCUUCCUGACAGGGAGUCAAACCGUCAUCAAAAUCUACCCAAUAUCAGUGAGCUUCGCGCUCUUGAAACACUCGAUGUAGCCGUAUGGGACAACCUGAUCACACCCGAUUAUAAUUUGCUAGACGAUAUUGGGGCGCUCCCGUACAAAUGCCGCGAGAUGAAGACCUUUAUUGGGCACGUAAAUCUCAUGGAUCAUCCGCAUCGUCACUACGAUCCCGAAUGGUUCUACAAGUCUCUUGCACACCUACCCAAUACCAUCCAAGCGAUUCAACUGCACAUCACUGCGGAGGCAGAGGUCGAUUAUUCCGACUUCGCAACACACGGAGUGACCACGUGGGUGGAAAAUUGGAGCACGCUCGACUGGGAGCGUAUAGACAGGGUCGUUGCAGGACGCCACUUCCCUUCCCUGACCUCAUUCACCGUGCAGAUCCUCCUGUGGGGGCCUCACGAUAAUGCUCAACAUCAAGAAUGGGUCAAUCGUCAAUUAAGCCAAUUACGCUUGGCAGUGCAAGGCAUAUUACGUGUUGUGUUCUUAGACAUCAGGGCCGAAUGGGAGCGCACACAACGUGAGCAAGAAAUAAGUAGGAGAUAUUCGUGACCAUAUAAUCGUCGCCGGGCCUUGACACUUUGUGGUCGUGAUAAUCCUAGCUAGAGACAUCCUGCGUUGCCGCCUGCUAUCUGCUGUUUCAUGACAUUUGAUCUUGACAAAUUGUUCACCU